CCCCAUCCCUGUGGCUGUUCUGUCUCCUACACUCUUCUAAAAACCCCGCUUUGAUUUAGAAAUCUGCGGCUUUCUCCGGCGAUCCACUUCCCCGCUAAAUCUCUGACGGCUUGUUACUUUACUAGUGUCGGAUCGGAUUCAGGUUUUUGUAAGAUGAUGCGCAUGAGGACUGCAACGGCUGUAGCGGCGGAGGGGCCCGCCGGGCCGGUGAAAGCUUUUGUGCCUAUGAAGGAUUUUCCGGCGGUGGUUCCGGUGAAUGAGCAGUCAAAGUGGGAGGUUCGACCCUGCGGCAUGCUCGUGCAGAAACGGAGCUCGGAGGAGGGCGCCGCUGCAGUACCCGUGCCGACCUUCCGCCUGCGUGUGAAGCACGGUUCUAUCUACCAUGAGAUCUACAUUAGUUCUCAGGCGACCUUCGGGGAUCUGAAAAAGCUUCUCGCGGAGCGAACAGGGCUGCACCCGCAGGACCAGAAGAUAGUCUUUAAGGACAAGGAGCGAGAUUCCGCCUCUUAUCUGGAUAUGUCCGGUGUGAAAGACAGAUCAAAAAUGGUGGUCGUGGAGGAUCCUGCGGCUCAGGCCAAGCGAGUUCUUGAGAUGCGGCGUGCUGCCAAGAUGGAUAAGGCCGUAAAAUCAAUCUCCCAGAUCAGUCUCGAGGUGGACAAGCUCGCCUCGCAGGUGUCGGCGCUGGAAGUCGUUUUUUCGAAAGGAGGGAAAGUUUCGGAGAACGAGUUGCUGAGACUAAUCGAGCUGUUGAUGAACGAGCUGCUUAAAUUAGACGGUGUAUUCGCCGAUGGUGAAGCCAAGCUCCAGAGAAGAAUGCAGGUCAAAAGAGUUCAGAAGUACGUGGAGAGGCUGGAUGUGAUUAAGCUUAAGAAUGCGAUACCAAAGAUGUAUGAUGAAGAAACUCCGGAGGCGGCAGCGCCGCCGCCGCCGCCGCCGCAGCAACGACAAAGGAAAAAGUCGUCUUCUUCCACGCAGCCGCCCUCGGUUAUCGUAACAACAAAGUGGGAGACUUUCGACUCCCUCUUCUCCCCCCGCGCCUCUGCAUCUACUUCAUCCACCACCACUGCCUCCUCCACCGCUGCUUCAUCGGCGGCGCCCACCCCAAGGUUCGACUGGGAAUUGUUCUGAUUCCAGGUUAGAUCAAAUUACACCGACGGUUUAUUCAGGUUUGUAGAUCAAAGAUGGGACUUUGGCCGUCGCUGAUGAAUGUGAUUGGUGGUCGUCCUCUUCGUACUUCUUUUAUUGUGUUUGUUCUCUCUUCUCUUCACAUUUUAAAACUUUUUUUAAAACCAUUGUUGUUAUUCUUUACGUAUAUGAAUGUGCAGAUCUUGUCAUAAUGAAGGGCAUGUUUAUGUUUACUAUUUUAGAUAAGGAUCAUCGCCUUGUAAAAAUAAAUUUGGGCUUAUAUAAUAAAUCAAUGAGAUGAAGCUGCAAGUCCAUCUUUCUGUGCCCAAUGAUUGCAAUCAUACCUCAUCUUUUCUUUGUUUUCUUUUUG